CAUUAGUUGACGUUCUGGAAAGACUGCAGUUUCCAGUGGAAGUGCGCCUUGUAGCCACGGAACAUUCUCUACAGUUCUUUGACCGGGGUCAACUGUCUGUCCAGGUGUACAGAGACGAUGAUGAGUGGUCUUCAUGGCAGAAAAUGGGUGACCCUGUUUUGCAUAUAGAGCUUCGUAAGUGGGCGGAUAUCUUCGUUAUAAGUCCCUUGGAUGCUAAUACAUUGGCUAAACUUGCGAACGGCAUCUGUGAUAAUUUACUGACGUGUAUUGUCCGGGCGUGGGACCGACGGAAGCCGCUGCUGUUUGCCCCAGCCAUGAAUACUAAUAUGUUUGAGCAUCCUCUUACCAGUCAGCAGAUCAGUAUUCUACAGGGCUUUGACUACACCUACAUUCCCACUAUCUGUAAGACCCUGGCUUGUGGAGACACGGGAGCGGGAGGUAUGGCAGAAGUCACCACAAUAGUACAGAAGAUCAUAGACGUCUUAGAGGAACUGCCUCAGGCCAGUCAAACCUAAUCUGGUGACUUCGUUCAUUUAUGGAUUAUGUUAUGUUGUAUAUUUGGAGCUCAUAGUGUCAUUUUAUCUGAAUAAAAGAGUUAUUUUAAUACA